AUGGAAGAAGAAAACACCACAAUUAUCAUGACAUCACUCUCUACACUCUCUCCUUCACAUCUCACAAAUAUCACUCACUCAAUACUCUCUCUCUCCCACCACCAUCGCCGUCGUCUCGCCGCCGUCCUCUCCUCUCCGACGCUUUUCUCCAUCACUCUCCGCCACCUUCUCUCUCUCUCCCUCCCUCAAAAAACACACCUCAUCGCCACUCAUCUUCUUUCUCUCCUCCAACCUCUUCUCAUCCACCGUAACCACCACUCUCUCUCAUACGCCGCCUCCAUGAAGCUCCGAGACCUCGACGCGGUGGUCCUCCUCCUCUUUCUUUGCGAGACCCACCAACUCGAUCCAGAUGUUCUAGAAGCUUCCCCUGAUAAUUGGCGGGAAAUUCUCGGUGAUUCGUGCUCUGAUACCAUGUUAAGUAAUUUAUCCGGUCUUUGGACUUGCGAUGCCGGAAUCUUGAUGCCUUACAUAGAAACCCUAGUUAGAUGCAAAAGAUUCGUAGACAUAAUGGGAGGCUACAACCAUAUUCGUCGACGAGGUGAGAAAGAAGGCUAUGAAAUCCCCGCGGCUAGAGCAGCCGUGGUGGCGUUACGAGCGGUUGAAGUGUUAAACGCCGCCGCUUCGAACGCCGGAGAAGUAGUAGAAUGCGUGAUAUGCAAGGAAGAAAUGAGUCAAGGAAGAGAUGUUUGUGAAAUGCCAUGUCAGCAUUUGUUUCAUUGGAAAUGUAUAUUGCCAUGGCUAAGCAAGAAGAACACGUGUCCUUCUUGUAGGUUUCAACUUCCCACCGACGAUGUCUUCUCGGAGAUCCAACGGUUAUGGGAGAUUGUUGUCAAGUCCGGCGAGUUACACGUGGCGUGA